UAGUUUGUGAUCUAAUGGUAUAGUAAGGACAUAGAAACUGGACAUGUAGUAACUGAUAUUAUCUAGCCUCAUGAUUUCCCCCCAUAAUGGAUAUGCCUUUUGCUGUAGAAUAUGGUAUGGCUAGCGAGUGGGCGGUCCGAGGGUGACGAUGACUGCCAACAAAAGUUCCAAGGCUGCACCCCGAGCAAGAGGGGCUAAUGUGCCCCGGGACAUCCCCGACAGGUGCCAGUCUGCGUCCCCACCCCCCAUUCUCUCUGCCACACAGGGGCAGUGCCACGCCCCGCUCAGCGACAGCGAGGACAACAGGCAGCACGUCAGAUACGUCAAAACAGACGGCAGACUCUUGGGCCGGGCCGGCUGGAGCAGCAAGACCGCUAGCCUCUACAGUGGAGCCUCUCUCUCCUGUGACUUACUGUUCCAGAGCCCACUUACCAAGUCCAAGAGCAUUAGCUGCCUGGACAACAAGCUCUCCAUCUACAAGCCCUCUGGUGGGGCUCCGGUGGGUCAGGAGGCCCAGGGGGGCCAGGAGGAGCAGAAAGAGAACCAGAAACAGGAGGACCUUCCUGGGGGYGGUGGACUGAGUGGUGGUCCCCUGAGCUGGAGCACCCUCUCCCUGGGACCUUCAUCCAACCACAGCCACAAGCGCACCCUCUCUCUCAGCCGCCCCGUGUCAGMGACAUCCUCUGUGGCCAUCCGUAAGAAGAUCUCAGAAUGGGAGUGCAGGAGGGUGGCUCUGCCUAGGAUGAGCCUGUGUCUGGAGAAGAGGCCUGUAGGUGAGCGUGUGGGCGGCAGCGAGGGCUGCCCCAGCCUCCUCCCCUCACCUUGCAGUGAGAAGACCUUUGACUUCAAGAGCAUCCGGAGGAUGAGUACGGCUUUCUCAGAGUGCUCCUAUCCAGAGACGGAGGAAGAGGAGGCAGCCUCAGACAGGGAGUGUCAGGGCCGCUUCCAGAAGAGGCCAGGAAAGACAGACUCCUCUGCGUUAUUCCUGAGCUCCCUGUCUGCUCGGAAGGAAACGUCUGCUGUACUCAAUCGGAUACAAAAGAUUGAGAAGGUGCUGAAGGAGAGCCCCAMCCAGCCACCGCGGUAUCUUAGUAACUGCUAUGCACCAGACAAAAUGAGACAGAAGUGUUUUAUGAUAGGUGGGGUCGAGGACUUGGACAGUAGGGGCACCAGUAAACGCAGCAGUAUAUGUUCCGUGGCCACAGAACCAGACGCCCUGCCAGCCUCUGAUAAACUCUCCAGACAGAGGUUCAGUGUGAGCUCAACCCGGUCAGAGACCGAGAGCCCAGAGUCCCCCUGUCAACAGACCCCGGAGGGCAUGCCAGUCAACCCCCUGCCCAAACCUAAACGCACCUUUGAGUACGACGCCAACCGCAACCACAAGGGAAUGUCGCCAAUCAACGGACUACCUCCUGGCAGUGCCUCUGAGGAGUCACCACCCCUGCUGCCCACCACUUCAGCACCCAACAUGACGCGAAAUCUGUCAAAGGACGGGAGCUCCCCCAAGAGACUCCAGGACAGAGAAGGAGAACCCGUACGAGGACGUGGACCUGAAGAGGAGGAGUUUGGGUCGGAAGAACCGCUUGGUACCYGAAAGCAACCGGACCUGGACCUCCCAGAAACUCAACUCACCUCCUCAGCUGCCCUCUCAGCCCAGUAGUCAGUCCCUGCGCCUCUCUGGUCCCACAGACAAGAAGAGUCACCGGGCAUCCCGCCUGUCCAAGCGACACAGCCAUGAUGACAUGCUGCUGCUGCCGCCCCAGCUGGGGGUCUCUCCCUCCCCCUGCUGCCUGCUGGAUGACAGCCUGAGCAGCGCCAGCGACACCCUGGCCUCCCGUAGGCACCGGAGGAUCCCCAAGAUUGUCCAGAGAAUCAACUCCAUUUACUCUACCAAGAGAGGGAAGAAGAGGUUGAAGAAGCUGUCCUUGUCUAAUAUUGAGACGGCAUCUCUGAGAGAUGACAACAGCGAGAGCGAGAGCGACUCUGAUGACAGGUUCAAAGCCCACACCCAGAGGCUGUUGAAGCUGCAGUCAAUGCUGCGGAGGGCCCCUAGCUACCGCACACUGGAGCUGCAGCUGAUUGAGUGGCAGGAGAGGGAGCUGUUUGAGUACUUUGUGGUGGUGUCCCUCAAGAAGAAGCCCACCAAAAGCUCCUUCUUUCCCGAAGUCACCUACCAGUUCCCCAAGCUAGAGAGGCCCACCAAGCUGAUGAGGGAGGCAGAGCAGAGACUCAAAGCCAUCCCCCAGUUCUGCUUUCCAGAUGCRAAGGACUGGACCCCAGUGUCUGAAUACAGCAGUGAGACCUUCUCGUUCAUGUUGACUGGAGAGGAUGGCAGCAGGAGGUUUGGGUACUGCAGGCGUCUGCUGCCGAGUGGGAAAGGGCCUCGCCUUCCUGAGGUGUACUGCGUCAUCAGCCGACUGGGCUGUUUCCACCUGUUCUCCAAGAUCCUGGAUGAGGUGGAGAGGCGGAGGGGGAUCUCUGCAGCCCUGGUCUACCCCUUCAUGAGGAGUCUGAUGGAGUCACCCUUCCCAGCGCCGGGGAAGACCAUCAAAGUCAAGACCUUCCUACCUGGAGCAGGGAAUGAGGUCAUUGAGCUGAGGCGGCCCAUGGACUCCAGACUGGAGCAUGUAGACUUUGACAGUCUCUUCAGCUGCCUGAGCGUGCGUCAGGUGGUGCAGGUCUUCGCCUCCCUGCUGCUGGAGCGCAGAGUCAUCUUUGUGGCUGAUAAACUCAGUACCCUGUCCAGCUGUAUGCAUGCGGUGGUGGCUCUGCUCUAUCCCUUCUCCUGGCAGCACACCUUCAUCCCCGUCCUGCCUGCCUCCAUGGUGGACAUCGUCUGCUGCCCAACACCCUUCCUGGUGGGGCUCCUGUCCAGCUCACUGCCCAAACUSAAAGACCUGCCUGUGGAAGAGGCUUUGAUGGUGGACCUGGGAACUGACCGCUUCCUCAGACAGAUGGAUGAUGAGGCCUCGCUGUUGCCACGGAAACUCCAGUCUGCUCUUGAGCUAYCUCUGGAGCAGAGGAAUGACAUCAUCAAUCAGGACUCUGACAGCGAGUCAGACGAAGAGUGUAACUCCUUGAACAGCCUGGUGUCAGAGGCCUUCAUCCGUUUCUUUCUGGAAACCAUCGGCCACUACUCCCUGUUCCUCACCCAGAGCGAGCGAGGAGAACGCAUUUUCCAGCGCGAGGCCUUCCGCAAGUCUGUGGCCUCCAAGAGCAUCCGUCGCUUCCUGGGGGUCUUCAUGGAGUCCCAAAUGUUCGCGGGGUUCAUCCAAGACCGGGAGCUGCGGAAAUGCCGGGCCAAAGGACUCUUUGAGCAGAGGGUGGAGCAGUACCUGGAAGAGCUACCAGACACAGAGCAGAGUGGAGUGAACAAGUUCCUCAAAGGGCUAGGAAGUAAAAUGAAGUUUCUUCACAAAAAGAACUGAGGAAACCUGCUACUUAAUAACCAAAUACCGGAGCAUGAAAGCUUGUUCUACUGCAAACAGAAGAUCUGAUACACCCAAAACCCUGUAUUUUAUUGACUUGUUUGUCUUUCAAAAACAUCAAUGAAAUGUCAAUAUGUUGUACAUAUUUCACUGUAAACUGGCUGUGAUACCCUCCAAUGUAGCUUGAUUGUUAGGUGUCUGGUACCUUUAAUUGUGAGGUUAGUUACAGUAGGACGGUACAGAGUGAAUGUGCCUUUGUUUCUGAGUAACCACUGACAUUAAAGCAUACUUGAGAAGAACAUGAUCAGACUGAGUGAGUGAAUGCAUGCUGAUGUAUGGUGGAUGUACAGUUACUAUGUUUUGUAGUGUAGAUCAUCAUUGUCCUGUCUAUUUGCUGAAUGAGAGCUGUAAAUUCCACACCUGGUUGGGAGGAUUUGUACAUGCAUUAACACAUGAAGAAAAUGAUUGUAAAUGUUUAAAACAUGCAUUGCUUUGUAAAAUUCAGUAAUUAAACACAAAAGACUUCAAACGA